AUGUCUAACACCAUCUACCGAACACCCUUCCAUAGCGGGAUCCUCCUAGAUCAUCCACGGAUGCCGCGCCGUCGCCUUCUGGGUUGUAUUGAGGAGGCCGAUGCAAGCGAGUCCCUUGAGCCUGUCCAUGAGAAACAAAGUCAACCAAUCAAAGAGCAUGCCCUAAGCCCUAUUCCUCGCUACGCACCACGGCGGGCGGCCAACCAAAAAUCCGCAAAGUGUAUCGCGAAUCCAACCGCACCGACGAGCCUUCGACUUCGACAACUCCCUUCAGCAACCACCGUCGUCGCCAAUCCCAAGUCAUCAACCGUCGUGAUGGCGCAGGAACGUUCCGGAAUCGUGGUUGGUCUCAACAAGGGCCACAAAACCACCCCUCUCAACACUCCCAAGACCAAGAUCAGCCGCACCAAGGGCCAGUCUUCCCGCCGCACUGCCUUCGUCCGCGAGAUCACCCGCGAGGUUGUCGGUCUUGCCCCCUAUGAGCGUCGUAUCAUUGAACUCCUGAGAAACACUCAGGACAAGCGCGCUCGUAAGCUCGCUAAGAAGAGGCUCGGUACCUUCACCCGUGGCAAGAGAAAGGUUGAGGACAUGCAGACCGUCAUCGCCGAGUCCCGUCGUGUUGGUGGACACUAA